AUGAGUGUGUUUUCGUCCGUCAUCGUUAAUCUGAACAAUCAAGCGCUCCUCCACCUUCAGCAUGGCCAAAUAGAUCAGACCGUGGGAACACUGUGCAGGGCCCUCUCGACGGUGCAACACGUUCAAGAUCUGGAGGCUAGUUUGAAUAACGAAGCCAACAAGCCAAUGGGCCCUCAAAAUGUGCAAAGUUUGUUGCAAUCAAUGGCCAGCACCUUGAAUAGGCCUGAAACUGGUGCCGUUGCUAGCACUAGUCCAGCCAAUGGUAGCAACACUCCGUCCCUGAUUUCCAUUCCUUUUUCUCCUCCUCCUUCUCCUCCUAGCAACAGCAUUUUGCCACUGUUUUCGCGAGCCUUGACAAUAGCAACACCAGGAUCAUCAGGUCAUGCAGAGCCUCUCUUGGCAAUGCUCUUGUUCAACAUGGGGCUCACCAUGCACUUGGAAGCACUCAAGAGGGGCGACGCUGAUACAAAAGGGGAAGCCAUCUGUGGCGCUUUGGAGCUCUACGAAAUGGCCUUUAGUGUCGUGGAGGACUACUGGGAACACUUUCAAGUCCCUGACCUGCUCCUGGUGGUCUUUGCUUUGCUCAACAACAUGGGCCAUAUCCACUCUUCCAGGUUUGAUCAAGCACAAACCGAGGUCUGCUUGAAUUGGCUAAAUUCAUUGUCUGGCAUGCCAAUGUUCCAAAGCCUCAUGAACCAACCUUCUUAUCGAAGUCACUACCUAGACCUUCUGGUGACCUUGAGACAGCAAAACCAUGCUUGCUCUCCUGCAGCAUGA